AUGGCCAUCAUCAAUCUCAGCCUGGAGUCGAUGAAGGAUGACUACUUGGCUGCUACAGUCAAGCUCGAGGCAGAAAAUUAUUACCAAUUGAUGCCCGACAAGUUGUUUGUCUCUACAUUGCGCAUGUGCAGUGGCGCCCAUGUCUCGGUGUUGAAAAAGCUGGCUCCUGGGCUUCAAUUUCUGUGGGACAACACGGCUACUGGGUUCCCGCCGAAUACUUUUAUUGUCAUCAACACACAUUCUGAUGAAUGGACAGGCAUGCUGCAGCAUACCGGUGGAUCCGCUGGCGGCACCAGCACUUCAAUUGGGGAAAUCCCGAUGGUGUACCUUGGGGAGGAGUGUCUGGAUGCCUUGAUGAGAUUGUUGAUCGCUGCAAGGAGCCACAAGACUGAGCACAAAAUGGUCAAUGGCAGGGCACCUUGGUGCAAUCUCAGUGCUCAUGGCAGAGGAGGGUGGAGGGGAGUCUUCAUGGUCAGCUGUGGCCCUGCAAUUGGGGUGGUGCACCACUUCGACCAAGUGAUGGCGUUGGUGAGGGAAAAUAAAGUCGACUUUGUGCUGGCAUUCGGAGGUUCUGGGACGCUGCUGUCCAUGAUCUCCAGUGCUGUCCACUCCCUCCUUCUCGAAAUUGGUGUCUUCAGUGAGAUGGAUAUCUGGUCAGCAUUGUGCAAAGUCCUAUCCACCUCCAAUGACCUUUUAGACUACACUACAGUGGUGCUAGUGUAUGCCAUCACAUCCAAAUCACGUCCAACAACCAACGCGUUGUCGAAUGCCGUCAGAUCGGCAAGGACAUUCAUGGGCAAACCGCCUGCCCAGGAAGAUGCCGAGCACCCUGACAAAGGAAAGGGAAAGAAAGGCGGAAACAAGAAAGGGAAGGCCAAGCAUAAGGACGUCGCUGCCCACAUAAAGGAAGGUUCAGAGAUGGUGUGCAAUUGCCCUGACAGUCAGUUCUCCAUGGAUGUUGAAGAAUGA